GAUCAAAUCUCGUCUCCACUGUCCUGUUUCUACUUUCUCCCGGCCGUGAGUGAGUUUGUGUUUUGUUUUUGUUUUGUUUUGCAUUUAACGUUUACAAUAAUCCUCUUUAAACGUGACCCAGCGGAGAAUAGAUACACUUUAAUGAACCCGGACGUUAAGAAACAGCUGCAGAGCAUCACCUGACACGGCUGACGCCACAGAUGUUUGUGAAUGUGAGAAUGGACCUCCCUUACAAUCAGCUGAUGAAUGUGGAGCAGAGAAGACAAGACAACAGGAGAGCACUGCUGUACUCCAGGUGUCUGUUAUCACUGGCUACUUUAGCUACUAUGCUGCUGACCGCCAUGGCAGUCUACAACCUCCUGACCCCAAGGGUUGUCUCGUCCCACCGGGCUCCGAGCGGCAGCCUCCAUCUGCCUAAGGGCGAAUCCUGCUCCGACCCCUGCAAGUUUGUUUUGCUGGAGAGCAUCCCUGAAGGGCUGGAGUUCAACUCCAGCACCACUCACCCCUCCAUCUUCCAGGCCUGGCUCAAUCUGAUGGACGAGGCUCGCAGCAGCGUCGACAUCGCCUCCUUCUACUGGACGCUCACCAACAAAGACACCGGGACCCAGGAGCCGACAGCUUAUCAGGGAGAGACCAUCCUGAAAAAGCUUGCUGAGCUCUCAGGGAAGUUGUCUGUUCGUAUCGCAGUCAACACGCCACAGCAUCGUCAACCUCAGUAUGACCUACAGCUGCUCAAUAACUCAGGAGCCGACAUCAGGACGGUUAAUAUGAGAGAACUGACCACAGGCGUCCUUCACACCAAGUUCUGGGUGGUGGACAAGAAGCACAUUUACAUCGGCAGUGCCAACAUGGACUGGAGGUCCCUCACACAGGUGAAGGAGCUGGGUGCAGUGGUCUACAACUGCAGCUGUCUGGCUGCAGACUUGGGGAAGAUCUUUGAAGCCUACUGGUUUCUAGGUGAGAGUAAGUCCAUCCCAUCACCGUGGCCCAACAGUUUCUCUACCCUCUACAACAAGGACACGCCUCUCCAGCUGCCACUCAACAACACGCCAGCCAGCGUUUACCUGUCGAGUUCCCCUCCGUCCUUCUGUGCAGCUGGUCGAACUCCAGACCUUCAGUCCAUCCUCAGUGUGAUGGAGGACGCUCAGAGCUUCGUCUACAUCGCAGUCAUGAACUACCUGCCCACCAUGGAGUUUUCACAACCUAAAAGGUACUGGGCAGACAUCGACACCCAGCUGAGGAGAAUUGCAUAUGAGAAGCGUGUUAAAGUUCGCCUGCUCAUCAGCUGUUGGGCGAGCACUCAGCCUGUCAUGUUCUCCUUCCUCAAGUCUCUGGCCUCAGUGUAUGAUCCCAAGAGCAAACUGGACAUCCAGGUGAGGCUGUUUGUGGUGCCUGCCAGCGCAGAGCAGAAGGAGAUUCCCUACGCCAGAGUCAACCACAACAAGUACAUGGUCACUGACAAGAUAGCUUAUAUAGGUACAUCUAACUGGUCAGGUGACUACUUUGUGAGCACCGCAGGCUCAGCGUUGGUCGUCAACCAGACGGCAUCACAGUCUGUGGAGCCAACCAUCCAAUCACAGCUGAAGGCUGUUUUUGAGCGGGACUGGAGCUCCGACUACACCACUCCUCUCACCCAACACUCAAACCUCAAAGUUAUCUGUUAGUUACUACAAACUGUACAAAUGUUACAACGCCGUAGCUGCGCAAUCAUGAUGUUCACGUCUUGCCAUCCAAUAGCAUUAAAUAUGUACAAAGGAAACCACUGGAUGAAAACACUUGGUUCAAUGGGAGAUUUAAUAGAGAUAUAUGACCCUUAAAAAUGGAAAAUUCAAAAUGGCUGCAGCCAGUAGGACAUGUUGCACCGUUACAGCCAAAUAAACCAUCUGCCAAAGCCCCCAUGAUGGGCCAUGGCGCUACAUAAGAAGUUUUCACCCUCCUCAAUAAUGUGCUUUAAGUAUUUGAUGGGAAAAGGGACACAAUUUUCUCGAAUCAUCACAAAUGAUGAAAAACUUUUGCUAGCUAUUGAAGUUGACCAAGCAUUCAGACUACAUGAGUGUGUAAUAAAUCAGAUUUGUUUGUUAAUUUACUGUGCAAUAACGUCAGAUGAACACCAACACAUGCCCAACUUUUGUAACAUGUCACCAGCAGAGAUAAAGAAGGAAAGACUAAUGUCACCUUUAAAACAAAAACCCUUUAGGUGUCACUAAUCCAUCAUCAAGGUCACUGACAGCUCCUUUUGUUCUGUUAUACUCCUUUUCUUAUGUGGAAAUCCAUCCUCUAUGGUUUUUGUUUUUUUUAAUCCGACCUCAUCUCAGGGAGUAAAUAUUGUGUGUUUUCUGACUGGAUCAUUUAAAUUAGCUGGAAUCAGUGGUGUGCUGUGAAUAAGCUUUUUUUUUUUUAAUACUCAAGUCUUCAGAAAUGUUUCAGUUUUAUUCCAUUCAUCAAACAAUUUGAAUUUCCACUGUGUGGAGUGAUGUUACAAUUAUAAGUAAAGAGAUGGUUGUUAUCUCCUUAUCAAUAAAUUACUCUGAUUUUUGA